AAGUAGCAAAAUAAACGGGGGCGAAGAAACGUCUCCCGCGUAUUUUGACUGUUGUUGUAUUUUUCGCAUUAGAAGAAGUGAGAUUUGUUUAUACUGCAGGUUUGUUUUAUUAUUAUCAGAAGAUUUAAAAAGAUGGCAAGUCUCAGUCAGGAACUGAAGCGCUGGGCUGUUGAGGAACUUGAGUUGCCAGCAGCCAGACUGCCGGAUGACGGCUAUAUAAAGACGUUGUGUGUCGGUCCUGGAGCUUCCAUUUGGAAGUAUAUCACGCAACAUAUUUAUAAGGAAAGGAACGUUCGUGUGAUGAGGGGGAAUAUUCAGUGGUACAAAGUUUUACAAGAUAAAGAGCUUAAACAGUUGAAAAAUCAGAAUAAAGAUGCGAGAAGGCUUGAGCUUCAGAGAGAGAUUGAUGCCCUUCAGACUGAACUCAAUCAACUGGACACAAAGAUCAGUAGAGUGGAGGAUCAACUUGCUACCGAAGAAAGGAACGUGAACGGGAACUGGGAGGACUUUAUGGAAAGCAGGCACAGACCGAUCCUGUUAGAUUCGUUCAGGCAGCGCUGCUCUGAGGAGAGAAACGUACUGUUAGAGGACACACACGUGAUUGGCACUCAGCGGCAUGCCCUGGAAGAGCUGUCCAAAGCAGAAAGGAACGUGAACGGGAACUGGGAGGACUUUAUGGAAAGCAGGCACAGACCGAUCCUGUUAGAUUCGUUCAGGCAGCGCUGCUCUGAGGAGAGAAACGUACUGUUAGAGGACACACACGUGAUUGGCACUCAGCGGCAUGCCCUGGAAGAGCUGUCCAAGAAAGCAGAGGUGAAGCUGGUGUUUGGGCCAUCUGACAGUUCAGACAGUGAAGCCGGAGCAGAUCCAUUGGUUUUAAAAGAUGUGAGAGAGCUCUGCAGCGAGAGGGUUCUCUUCUUCCAGGGCCUGCUACAGAGUGAACUAAACGUGAAUCCGUCCACUGAAUUUACUCAUGAACAAAGGAAAGCAGUGAUCCAGCACUGGACGAGUGCAGUGGAGAACGUUCUACGCUCUCAUCCUCCAAACCAAGUUCUUUCAGCUCUGCAAGCCUUGACCUCCAGACAGCAGGUGGCGUUAGAAGAGAAGAUUGCAGCUUUGAAUGUGGAGCGUGAUGUUUCGGAUCUAGGGUUUCGUUAUGAGAGCGAUCACCUAAUAGAUGUGUCGGCUGAGCAGAAAGAGGAGUUAACACCUGUCCACAGUCUGUUACAGUCUGCUUGGGAGGAGGUGGAGCAGAGUUAUUUUGAACUGGCACAGACUCGCAACAGAUGUGGGCAGCUAGAGACCGAACUCACGACUUUGAUGAGAAAAGCAGAGACGGCACACGGAUCAGACCCAGUGUCCAGGUGGAAAUUAUUAUAUUUACUUUUGAACUUGCAGUGUUUAGCGGCACAAUUACAUCAUAAACUGGCACAAUCCAAAUCUGUCGUUGGGCAGUUUGUUCAAGAAAAGCUCAAUCCUCAAUUUGGCAGUGUGAUUAAAGCCAGCAGUGAACUGCGCAACUCUGUGUCGCAAGGGGCCAAGCAUUUCAGCUGUGUAGCACUAGCUGCACUCAAUCGUAGGGCCAUGAAGGGAGGGCAGAAAUUACCAGCAGCUCAGCUUUCCAUCCACCGGAUACAGUCCUCAGCUUUCCACAAACUCUGUCAAAGUCUUUCAUUUCCCAUGUAUAUGGCUCCAGAAGAGCUGUGGUCUCAAGCUGCAGUUUUAAGGCUGGAGUUAAGACAUCUGCGCAGGCUUCUUCAGCUUUUCUCAGAGUCAUCAGCAGACCUGCAGAAGCUGACCGCACGGCUACCAUCGCCUGAUCAGCAGACUUUGGUACAGCGUGUGAAGAUGGUAGAUGAUGAGAUUCUGCAGACGUUGCUCCCACGGGCCCGUGAGCUCACACAGAGGUGCUCAAAAGGCCUGCUUUACACAGACCAAGUGAAGACUGCCAUCACACACUGGUGGGAGCAGCCUGGACAGUUUGCCCUGCCAGAGAUGCAAAGAGAGGGACUGACUUUCCAACAGUGGCUUCAACGAUGGAAACUGGCAACAAAGGAAUCCUAACUUAGUUUUGCAUUUGAGAGCAAAAUUUAUGUUGGGGAACGUUUUCUGUACAUAAUUUAUAUUUCACUUUCUUUCAAUUUACUCUUACAUUGUGUUCAAAAUAACCUGGGAUUUAAUAGGCUAAUUUAGGAUUUCUUAGUUAUUAACUUUUCUG